AUGGAAGACCACCUUGUGGAAGACCAUGCGGAAGACCUCCAUGCGGGAGACCCCCAUGUGGAAGAUCGCCAUGUAGAAGACCUCCAUGUGGAAAACCAUACGGGAGACCCCCAUGCAGAAGACCACCAUAUGGAAGACCUCCAUGUGGAAGAUCAUGCGGGAAACCCCCAUGCGGGAGACCACCAUGUGGAAGACCUCUAUGUGGAAGACCAUACAGAUGACCUCCAUGCGGGAUACCUUUGUAUGGAAGACCAUGCGGGAGACCUCCAUGUAGAAGACCAUGCAGAAGACUACCAUGUGAAAGAUUGCCGUGUGGAAGACCGUUAUGUAGGAGAUCUCCAUGGAGGAGAGCACCAUAUGGAAGACCUCUAUAUAGAAGACCACAAGGGAGGCCACCAUGUGGAAUACCUCCAUGUAGAAGACCAUGCCGAAGACCACCAUGUGGAAGACCACCGUGUGGAAGACUAUGCGACCGCCAUGCGGAGGACCACCAUAUAG